AUGCAAUUCUCCGCCGCUCUCCUUGCCGCCCUUCUGAGCGGCACCUCACUUGUCACCUCAUCUCCAACUCCAGUCUACCAAAUCGGUGACGUGGCAGGAGGCUCCAACCCGUGGGUCGGCAUGUACUCCAAAGACGACAGCCUUUGCACAAAAGGUUAUUUCGAAGCGAAAGCUGGAGACAACAAAUCCUGCUCUAAGAAAGGCGACUGCCGGCCCACACUCAGCAGCGCAAGUAUGGCUGUACUUAGCCCUGGCGCCAUCCCGGAUGUUGGUCAUCUGGGCAUCUUCUGGGGAGACAAGAACCAAUUGGCUGAUAAACUCUUCUUGUACUCGGAUGCUACUUGCACUACGCAUAUGGGCACGGUGGUUAGGCCAAAUCAUGAUUUCGGUAAUCAAGGGAAGUCUUGUGUGGGCGCGACCCCUGGGGAUUUUAAGCAAUGGGCGUAUAUUCACUGCGUGAGUCUCAAGCCACCUCAGAAGGAUGUCGGUCUUGGACCAUUUGUCAUUACCAAUCCGUGA